UAAGUAAAUGUGUCAGUCGUUUCAAAAUUAAAGGUUAACCAAGCAUUCGCAGUCAUCGAACGUCUGGAGGAAAAGUAUUUCACUUCUGAUUUUAGUUCUGGUUUGCCGGGAUCUUAAAGAUGGCAUUAGUAGAUUUAGCUGAAAUUGCGAUUGUUGAUGAACUUCUUACACGAGACAAUUCCGAAGAAUGGAAAGUCAAAACGAAAAAUUACUUGUCAGAUCAAGAUCUAUGGGGUAUAGAAGAUGAAGUCCGUACUUACCGAUACGCUGAAAAUCAAUUCCAACCUUGGACAAUCAGGAAAAAGGGUAAUGGCAGGCUAAGAAUUACAUGCGGACUAGAGCUGCUUCCUGCAAUUCUGCACAAAGAAGCUUGGGAAGCACUAGCAGAGGUGUCUAAUACGACGGCAAUAGCAGCAACAACAAAUUUAGAUGAGGCAGCAGCAACAAUAAAUUUUGGUGAAGCAGCAGCGGCAACAAAUUUAGACGGAGUUCUAAUUUUUAAUGAAAUUCUUACAUCGACCAAUUAUGAAAAUUGGAAGAUGAACAUGAAAAAUAUAUUGUUAAGAAGAGAUCUGUGGUCUUUUGUUGGAACAAAAGCUUUUCAACCUCCAUCUGGCCAGGCAGAUAAUUUUUCCAUUUGGAAGGCUGCAAAUAGAAAAGCUCUUGAGAUCUUGAAUAUGUCUUGUGGGGAGGAAAUGCUACCUCACAUUUUGUACAUAGAUUCCUUCAGAGAUGCUUGGAACCAUUUAGCACUAGUAGCAGCUGCAUCUACGGCAGAAAAAGAGAGAUAUGGUAGGAUGUUACAAGCAGCGAUAACAGCUAAAGCAAAAUUAAAUGGUGUUAUUGAGGAAAAUAAAAUUAGAUCGCCAAGCAAUCAUAAGGACUGGAAAGUCUACAUGGAGAAUUUAUUGAAAACUAAAUAUCUGUGGGGAAUUCUGGAUGACAGUGAAGAUAUUGUGGAUGAAAGUGCGCAUCGAACAGCUCCUAACUGGUCUCACAAAAAUAGGGAAGCUUUAAAAACUAUAAGGAUGUCAUGUGGACCAGAAAUGCGUUUUUUGGGGGAAGUAGAUAAAGCCAAAGAGGCAUGGGAGCGGUUAGAAGCAGCUGAUUGUUUGGAUGGAGCAUACAUAAAGUACAUACCACUGCUCCAAGCCAUCCAAAAUGAUGAGUUCCUGGGAUUUCUGAGAUACGCAGAAAGGGUUCAUUUCAACGCUGAAGCAGCAAGAGCUAAACUUACAGAAGAAGGAUUAACAGCUCUUCACUAUGCUGUUAAGUUAGGCAAAGCUGAUAUUGUGAAAUUUCUGGUACACUUGAUGACUGGAAAAGAUUUAGAAAUAAAGACAGAUCAGGGUCAAACUGCCCUCUCCAUUGCAGCUGAGGGUAAUAAUGUGGAACUGGUUAAGAUAAUGGUGACGAAGAAUCCAAAGUUGCUAUUUAUUAAAGAUGGACUCAAGCAUAUCCCACUUGUUACCUCCGCUAUAAACGGAGACGAGGAUGUGUUGCGUUAUCUUUACUCACAGACAAACUUGGGAAAUGUAAAUUAUAAGGAAAUUGGAGAUAAGAAUGUUGCUACUCUUAUUACAGCUGCACUUAGGGUGGACUUAUUUGAUGUUGCAUUGGAACUACUGAGAAAAUUCCCAAAAUUAGCUACUACUAAGGAUGAGUAUGAAAUGACUGUUUUUAAUGUAUUGGCGGGAAAGCCUUCUGCCUUUCCAAGUGGAAAUCGUUUUGGAUUUUGGCGUACAUGCAUAUACGAAUGGAUUGACGUUGAAGAACCUGGAUUUAUUUGUAAAGCUCUCAUAGCAGUAGUUCCAGGUAUAAAACACAUACAUGAUAUGAAAGUGAGUCAUGCACAAGCCCAUGAAAUACUCGAGAUCGUUCGUCCCCUGCUUUCCAGAUUAAGUUCGAGUCAGCUCGUGGAAGCAAAAGCAUGUGAAGCAAUCUACCUGACAACUAUUCAUGGGAUUGUUGAGUUUUUCACAGUGCUCAUGAAUCAACCUAAUCUGAUAGACUUUAGAGAUGAAGACGGACGAGGUUUAUUUCAGAAUGCUGUUUUAUAUCGACAACAAAACAUCUUUGAUAUAAUAUCUCAGAUGGGAUUAAGAAACGAGAUUACUGAUAGUUUGGACAAGGACGGGAACAACAUCUUACACUGUGCUGGAAUUUGGGAAUCAUCGCGACUUGAUAAAGUCUCUGGCGAGGCUCUACAAAUGCAAAGGGAGAUACAAUGGUAUCAGGAGGUGGAAAGACUGGUAAAACUAAGACACAGAGAGAUGGAGAACAAAGAAGGUUUGAAACCUAAGGAUUUGUUCAAAAAACAACAUAAAAAUUUAGCAAAAGAAGCAGCAUCGUGGAUGAAAGAAACAUCGCAAGCGUGUAUGGUUGUCUCUACCCUUAUAGCCACAGUUAUGUUUGCGGCAGCGUUCACAGUACCCGGUGGCAAUGACCAAAAUACAGGACUCCCAAUGUUUCAGAAAAAAAGAGCCUUUGCAAUAUUUAUAGUCUCAGAUGCAAUUUCUCUUUUCUCUUCGUGUACGUCUGUCUUGAUGUUCUUCUCUUUAUUAACUGCACGCUAUGCGCAGCAAGAUUUCCUGGUAUCAUUGCAUAGGAAAUUGAUACUUGGUCUGUCCUCCCUCUUCAUCUCUAUAGCAACCAUGAUGGCUGCUUUUGCUGCAACACUUGUUAUUGCUGUUCAAAGGGAAGUUUGGUGGGCUUACAUCCCAGUGACUCUAUUAGCAAGUGUCCCAGUUAUCUUAUUUGGUCUUUUGCAACUUCCUCUUUUUGUUGACAUAGUCAAGUCCACCUAUUGGCCCAGUCUUCCUCGUAAGAAAACAUUGUAUGUUAAAAAGAAAAACAAGUAGAAUAUUUAAUGUUCCUGACCUUAAUUUGCUUGUGUUCCUUGUACAAUGAAUCUAAUGAAGGAGAACUUUAUUGUGUUAAAUUUUUUGUUUCUUUCUUAUCAUAUUAUACAGCUCUUUGUACUG